UUUUUCUUAUCUUUUAAACUAUUUUCUAGUAAUCAUCACUGUUUUGUAUAUUUUCAUACUAUAAAAUUUCCAGAUUUUAUUAUUUUAUAGUUGAUUUACACAUUUUUAUAACUAAAAUAUGAAGAAUUAAGUGUAAUUUAAGGUCAAAUUGGACUGAAUUUAGAAAUUUUCGAUGAAUGGAAUGAUUUAUGAGUGAUAAUAAGGAAAUAUCGCAAUUGAUUGGGACUGAUGGAGUUCGUCCGAGUUCAAAUUUGGACUCUUGUCGUCUUCAUUCUUUUUACUCUAAUUUACCCUUAUAUCGCAAGAAAUACGACUGGAAUGUACCUAAAUGGACUGAGUCAGACCUUGUAAAGCUUCACAAACUGGUUCGUACUACUGUAAUUUCUCAUUUAUCUGAGAAAAUCGACGAGUUAACUGACAAACUAACUUACAUCGAGAAUAAAAGACUGUCUGAAAUACUUAAGCUUCUUUCAUCCAGACUCCUUUAUCUAAUUUACCUCAACUUUGAUUUCUCAAUACUGGCGAGAAAAUUAGCUAAUCUUGUCAUAAGUGAUGAGUAUGACCAGUUUUUACAAAGUUUACUUCAUUCUUAUAGUGUUUACAAGGGUUUUGAGAGCAUUUACUUACCCAAUAGACCCAAAUUUCAAGGGCUUGAUCUUUCAGUUUUCUGGGAUACAGUAGCUAGUUCCUUUAAUUCUGAUCUUAAAGGGAAUAUGGCCAAUAAAUUAUCCACAGACUGCUGCAUCAAGUUCAUCAACUCAACCAGUUCUGGUGUUCUUCUCACUGAUGUCUCACCUUCAGAUUUUCAAAGGAUUGAACAAUUUCUCACAGAAUCACACGAUUUCAACAAGUUUGUGGAGAACUCAGUGUAUUUGGGUGUAUCUGUGUAUCAGUAUAUGAAGGUAUUUUUGCACAGGACUAGGACUAGGACUCGUAAUUGGACCUCCAAUGAGGAAUCUGUUCUAUUGGACCUCGUUUCUUCAGCAAGCUGCUCUCCUGACCCCUCACAUACGUCUGGCCGCACGGGCAUUCCUUGGCGGAAAAUCUCAUCCAAAAUCCCUGGAAAAAAUCCAGAGCAGUGUAGACUCAGAUAUCGACAAAUCUCAAACAAAAGAGCCAGUGACACACCAUUUAUGAAGAAGGAUUUGUUCAGAUUAAAGCUAUUGAUGAGUGCUUUUGGAAGAAAUUGGUCUAGAAUUUCUGAGUUAAUGCCAGGUCGUUCAUCUCGUCAAUGUAGGGAUAAGGUUCUUGAAUGCACACGCUACACGAAAGAUAAUGCACUUGAAUCUCUUGAAUAUUUUAGGAAACUGUUAACUGAGUAUUCAUCUCCGGAGUCCUCAGAGUCUAAUCCUAAUCUGAGUUUGGAAAGACCUAUGUUUGUUUCUCGAUAUUGGAAUUACUUUGACUGGCUUGGUAUUCACCUAUUCAAGGUUUUGUCUCUUACUCGAAAUGAACACCUCCUUCAAAUCCUCUACGAGUUAUAUUUCUCUGAUGAGAUUAACCGACGAAUCAACAUCAACUUUAAGCCAGACCGUGUUCAAUACUUAACUAAGUGUACAGGCGCCCAAAUCUUUGCAGUCUCAAAUUUUCUCCAACUUAUCGCAGCUCAGGAGGAUGAUAUAAACUAUGAAAAGAGAUGUAGUAAAGAUGAAAGAGUUAAUUUUGAGAAUUUUGAUGAACCAAAGGAGUUUGAAUACUUGAAAGAUUCACUUUUAAAUAUUCUUAAAACACUUUGGCCUUGACACUAGUUGUACCAUAGUAAUUUACUAUACCCAA